UAUCUAAAUUUCAUUUGUGUUACGAUUUGACAAAGUAUCUCAAUAUUCUUAUUGGGAUUUAAUGUUAAUGGCCAAAGCUAUCAUUUUUCUUUUGGUCACUGUUAGAUAUAAGCUGCAUAUGUGAUAACAAAAGGCUCGACUCGAGAUUUCCAUCACUGAUUCAUUUUCAUUACAUUCAAGUACGUUUAAUUCCGGUACCAAAAUUCUACAAUUACUAACUUCAUCAUUGAUACAAAAUAAAACAUACCUUUAAUUUAUCUUCACAAGAGCAUGCCAGAAAAAACGCUCGAGCAAUUGUAGGGUAGGAAAACUGGAUGAGAGAGGGGCCUUUAAAGUGGGGCUGGCCCUAACCUGUUUUAAUGUCAUAAAAACAUACUAGUUAAUGAUAUGAGUGAUUGCCUGAGGUGCUCACCGAGCGUAAGUUUCGUUCGAGAUUGCUUGCAAAAUACUAGAGAAAUUUGUGAAUCAUUCAUGAAUGCAUUGCAUGAAAGAGUUUUCGUCCGAGAUUGCCUAUUCUGCUCUUACAUCAAAAUAUCCUUGGAAGAGCUGGAGCAUCCGAACCAAGAAUAUAUUGACAAACACUUGCCCAUGGCCUCACGUCUUGCGAACGUCGUCCCGCACUCCUUCACGACCCUACCACAGUACGCGGACUUCCACUCCGCCCAUCGUUCCUUCCCCUGCAGGAGCUCGGAUAUCUGGGUGGCGUCGCACCCUAAGGCAGGCACGACAUGGACCCAGGAGCUGGUGUGGUGUCUGGUGCGAGGGCUCGACCACAGCCUCAGCAGCAAGCCCCUCAUGAACCGCUUCCCUUUCUUCGAGUGGGACUCUCUCAUGACUCCAGAACUCGUCCAGGCUCUGGAGUCGAUGCCAGACGACAACGUGGAGAAACCUGGAGCGCAAUGGAGGAUACUGGAGCGUGAAGACGACCCACGUCUGAUCAAGACCCAUCUCCACCGGGAGCUGAUGCCCCGUGGCGUCAGAAGCUCCAAGUCUAAGAUAAUAUACGUGGUACGCGACCCACGAGACGUCUGCGUGUCGCUCUUCCAUCACACCAUCAAAUUCCUUGGCUACACCGGAGAUUUCGAUCACUUCGUCGACAUGUUCCUUAGCGCCCGAUAUGAAUUCGGGCCGUACUGGAGCAACGUGUUGAGCUUCUGGAAUAGAAGAAAAAGCGACAACAUCCUUGUGUUGAAAUACGAAGAUAUGCAUGCGGACUUGGUUGGCGCGGUGGUACGAGUAGCCAAGUACCUAGAGGUACCAGUACCAGAGGACCAACUCCCGGAGAUUGUGGAGCAUCUUUCUUUUAGAAAUAUGAAGGAUAACCCAGCCACCAACAACGAGAGCAUCAUGGAUGGACUGGUCGAGAAUACGGGCGUCAAGUUCAUGAGAAAAGGAAUUGUAGGGGAUCACAAGAACGUGUUGUCCGUAGACCAGCUCAAGAUGUUCCAGGUGUGGACGCAGACUUGUCUCAAGAACUCAGACUUCCCAUACUACAGAGACUGAAACGUCGUGCAGCUGAACUGAUAUCAGCGUAUAUCAUAUUAAGGGCAGCAUGUUAUGAUGUAAUACGUUAUAUCUUAAUGAUUUAUAACGU